AUAUCGGAACUCAUUUUCAGUUGUUUCUGAACAAGCGACGAAGUCAGUCGAUUCUACUGCGGUGGGAGGGCAGUGAUCCGCGCAAGUAACUAAAUACGUGCUAAUAAAGAUAAUUGUUUACAUAGCACAGAUUAAAAAAAACACUUAUGGGUUCAAAGGAAAGUCCGCAAGUUACACUGCCUUUGGGUGUGAUCAAAGGCCAACAAUGUCGAACCGUUUACGCACACGAUUAUUACAGUUUUGAAAGUAUACCCUAUGCGAAACCGCCUUUAGGGGAGUUACGAUUUAAGGCACCACAACCGAUCGAGCCUUGGAAUGGUGUCAAGGAUUGUACUCAGUGCGCUAGCAAACCAUUACAAAAGAACUCACGCACCGGUGGUGUGGAGGGUUCGGAGGAUUGCCUAUAUUUAAAUGUAUAUACAAAAACGUUGCAGUCGGAACAACCCCUACCGGUAUUGGUUUUUAUUUACGGCGGCAGUUUCUAUACUGGGGAAGCCACAAGGAACGUUUACUCCCCGGAUUAUUUUAUGAGUGAGCAAGUGGUACUGGUUACGCUCAAUUAUCGUCUUUGUUCUUUGGGAUUUCUCAGUCUCGCUGAUCCAGCAUUACAAAUUCCCGGCAAUGCUGCUAUGAAAGAUCAAAUUCUCGCGCUCAAAUGGGUGAAACAGUAUAUCAGUCAUUUCAAUGGUGAUCCCAAUAACAUAACACUUUUUGGUGAAAGCGCCGGUGCUGGUAGCGCUCAUGCGAUUACGCUUAGCGCACAGUCAGAAGAUCUCUAUCAACGCGUCAUACUUAUGUCGGGUAGCGCGCUAUGUUACUGGGUAAAUAUGCCACAAACUGAUAUGGCCUAUAGAUUAGCGAAAUUUCACGGCUACAAUGGUGAUAAUAUUGACGCAGAAGUUUUAAGUUUUUUACAACAACUAGAACCGGCGAAAUUGGUGAAACAUUCGCUGCUUAACGAAGAGGAACGUAGAAAGUCGUACAUGUUUGCUUUUGGACCAAUCGUUGAACCAUAUGUUAGUGAGGAUUGUGUACUAUCAAAACCUCCAUUUGAGCUGUUGAAAAGUACUUGGAGUAAUCGAAUACCGAUGAUUAUUGGUGCGAAUUCUUUCGAGGGACUAUUUAUGUAUCAGCGUCUUAAAAUGUUUCCGCAGAUAAUGGGCACACUUAUAAAUGAUCCAGAGCGUGUUUUGCCGGAGGAUGCAAAGGCUGUGCACACACCGGAAGAGCGUCAUGAAAUGGGUGAAAAGUUAUUGAAACUGUUUUUUGGCGCUAAAACGCCUAGUGAUCGUUUAGUAUUCAAAUUUCUCGAUAUCUAUGGCUACAAAAUAUUUUUACACGACAUUCAUCGCACUGUUUUGGCGCGUUUAACAUAUGCUAGCAACUCCACUUAUUUAUAUCGUUUCGAUUUUGACUCGCCUGAUUUUAAUUUAUAUCGCGCAAAAUAUUGUGGCAACGAUGUUGUACGUGGCGUUGCUCAUGCUGAUGACUUAUCAUAUACAUUUUUCUCAAAUGACUCUUGGAAGGUCAGCUUGGAUUCGGCAGAAUAUAAGACUAUUCGAAUACUAAUUAGUUUACUAACCGCUUUUGCAACUAACUCUGAUCCCAAUUGUGAUGAAAUAAGUCCGGUUGUUUGGACACCAUUAGAAGACUCCGAACCCAAUAUGGCUUUCAAUAUCAGCUAUGAUUUGAAAAUGAUGGAAUUACCGGAGGCUGAUAAGUUGAAUGCACUGGAUGAGUUAUUUACCUACAGAGAGCAAUUAACUAUGCUAUGUGCGGCUAUGCUUUGGACUAAUUCCAACAGACUUAUGAGACUUGAUUUUUUACGCUUUCACAGGACUACACAACGUCUACAUAAAUUUCCGGUAAAAAUUCUUGGAACAUACAUUCGGAAAAUGGCAACUGACUCUGGUAUUUUGGAAACAGUGGAACUGCAGUUACCGCAGGGUCGUAUACGGGGCGCUAAGCGUCAGACAGUCUAUGGCGAAACAUACUACAGCUUUGAGGGCAUACCGUAUGCCAAGCCGCCUGUUGGUGAAUUACGUUUUCGCGCACCACAACCAACUGGAAGUUGGCCCGGCAUAUUAGAUGCGACACAAAGUCCGCCCAAACCGGUACAAAAGAACAGGCAAACCGGCAAAGUCGAAGGCAGUGAAGAUUGCCUUUAUCUGAAUGUCUUCACCAAGCAUUUAGAUGCUACAAAACAAAUGCCCGUUAUGGUUUGGUUGUAUGGUGGCGGUUUUCAGACAGGUCGUGCGGCGCGCGAACAUCACGGACCCGAUUAUUUGAUGCGUGAAGAUGUUAUAGUUGUUUCGAUGAAUUAUCGUCUCUGUUCGCUGGGUUUCCUUAGUUUAAACGAUCGUAGUCUCGAUGUACCUGGCAACGCUGCGCUCAAGGAUCAACUACUCGCACUCAAGUGGAUCAAGAAAAACAUAUAUUACUUCAAUGGUAAUUGUAAUAAUAUUACCGUGUUUGGUGAAAGUGCUGGCGCCGCCUGUGCGCACAUUUUAGCCCUGAGUGAUCAGGCCCGCGGCCUCUUUCAGCAGGCGAUUAUAAUGUCCGGUUCUGCGCUGAGCUAUUGGGCUAGCAUGCCACAAAACGAUAUGGCCUAUCGGCUAGCUGCAUAUCACGGCUAUAAAGGCGAACCGAAAGAUAAACCUGUACUGGAGUUUUUGCAAAAUUUGGAUUCAGAAAAAUUGGUCGAUCAUUCGUUGAUUAAUGAGGAAGAAAGUCGUACUUUUCACUGGCUAACAUUUGCGCCGACAGUUGAACCCUACGUGUCAGAGCAUUGUAUAUUGCCAACCGACCCUGUGUAUAUGCUGAAAUCGGCUUGGGGUAAUGGCAUACCAUUUCUUAUGGGCGGCACGUCAUUUGAGGGUUUACUGAUGUAUCAACGUGUAAAACAGUCUCCAAAUUUUUUGGAACUCGUAAAAAAGGAGCCAGAGUUACUAGUGCUUGCUGAAUUUAAAGAUAUCUACGAGAGUAAUCGAAUUCAUGAUUUGAGCACACGUAUACUGAAUCUCUAUUUUGGUAAGGAAAAGGACGAAGUGAUUACCAAACAGGACAAACCCGAUCCCGCUUUUGACCUUUUACAUCUAUGUUCGCACAAGAUAUUCUGGCAUGGUUUGCACCGCACCGCGCUUGCGCGUACCAAACAUGCCACCGCCAAUACUUACCUUUAUCGAUUCGAUUUUGAUUCACCUACCUUCAAUCAUCAUCGUUUACGUUUCUGUGGCGAUGAAUGUGUAAAGGGUGUUGCACAUGGUGAUGAUCUCUCGUAUCUAUUCUAUUUGAAGGAAUCAACCAAACUGGAAGAAAAUACACCCGAGUAUGCCACUAUACAGCGCAUGGUCAGUAUAUGGACCAGCUUCGCUAAAUUUGGUAAUCCGAAUUGCGCCGAUAUCGCUCCAAACAUUUGGCUACCAAUAGAGAAAACAAAUCCCGAUUUUGCUUUGAAUAUUAGUGAAACGAUGGAAGUUAAGCAAAUACCCGAAGCGCCAAAAAUGAAAACAUGGGAUUCUUUAUAUGAUAAGCGUUUGCUUUACGGAACUUCAUCUGAUGCUGAGGAAGCAUAUGGGAACGGGGCCAAAUUGAUUACUAAUUAGAUGAUGAAGAAAUUGUUGUAAAUACUGAAAAAUUUUAGUACUAAAUAAACACUUUUCUACUGUAACCAACAAAUUUAAGAGAAAGUAUUUCGUUAAAAGUAAAUAAAUAAAGUUAUUCAUUGUAACAUAUUA